CUGGUGGCCUUGACAUUGACUGGUGAUAUUUUAUAUUUUGUGCUUAUGAAUUUUAUUAGCUAGUAUCCACUAAGUUGUUCAUUUUUAUGUUUUAUUUCUCAACAAAAAUUGUGUGUGUAUUAAAAAAAAAUCAGGCCUUAUCAUGAAACUGCAGCAAAGGAUGAAGUGAGGUUACAAAUAAGAAGCUGGAGAAGAAAGAGAGAAUGCACAUGGAGAAUCCUGAAUGGUUAAAUUUUCAUUAAACACGGAAGCUUUUUUUCCCCCCUCGUUAAUAAAUAUACACAAUGUCUUCUGGAAACGUCCAGGAAUCCCGGACAUUAAUUAAACCAUCAUUCAGUGAAAAAGAAGCCACUGAAUUAGUUGAAAGGGUGUUUGGAUUAAAAGUAUCUGCGAUCAGAUCACUCCCCAGCUAUGAUGAUCAGAAUUUUCACGUUCACAUUUCAAGAAGUGAGGGAACAGCAGACAGUGCUGACGAGUAUGUUCUCAAAAUCACCAACUGUGAAGAUAGCCAGAAUCCUGAACUCAUUGAAGUGCAGACCCAGAUCAUGAUGUUUUUGAAUGUUGAAGGGUUUCCUUCAGCUACGCCCCAUCUUACUAAAGAUGGUAACAUAAUGUCUCUAGAAUCAUUAGGUACUGGCUCUAUGACAAAAAAGUACAUGGUGAGACUGCUGACCUACCUCCCAGGCAUGACCAUGGCAACAAUCUCUACAAAUCCUCACAUUUUAUAUGAGAUUGGGAAACUAGCUGCCAGACUGGAUAAAACUCUCACAGAGAAAUUCCAUCAUCCAUCAAUAAAAAGUCUGCAUCGAGGGAAGUUCAUUUGGAACUUGGCAAAUGUUCCUCUUCUAGAACAGUAUAUUCAUGCCCUGGGCCAGAACAGUUAUCGUGAAGUUGUGGAACAAGUUAUUCAGCAGUUCAAAGAUAAAAUAGUACCCAAGCUAAGCAAUUUUCGGGCCUGUAUCAAUCAUGGGGACCUCAAUGACCACAAUAUCUUAUUAGAUUCCAACACUGCGUCACCAGAGAAUCCACAAUAUAGAGUGUCCGGUAUUUUGGACUUUAGUGACAUGAGCUAUGGUUAUUAUGUAUUUGAAUUAGCAAUAACUAUCAUGUACAUGAUGAUUGAGAGCAAGGAUCCUCUCAGUGUGGGAGGGCAUGUUCUUGCAGGGUUUGAAAGCAUUGUACCAUUGACAACAGAGGAGAGAGAUGCCCUGUUUCUCUUGGUGAGUGGUAGAUUUUCUCAGUCACUUGUAAUAGCCUCAUACACUUCCCUCCUGUAUCCUGAGAACAAAGAAUACCUAAUGAUCACAGCAAAAACUGGAUGGAAACAUUUAUUAAGAAUGUUUGACGUGGGCCAAGAAGCUGUAGAGAAGAUUUGGUUUGAGACUGCAAAAGCAUAUAUGAACAAUGAACCUGUGUAGCUUUCAUACCUUUAUUACAGACAGAAAUGUUCAUAUACUUACAAGUAAAGAUGCACCUAACAAUUUA